AUGGAAAUGAGUAAUCGGCUGAGGAAGGCAUGCGAUCUAUGCUACACUCGCAAGAUCAAGUGCGACGGACAGCAACCUCGCUGCUCGAACUGCAUCAACUAUGCGACGGAUUGCACGCAUACGGUACUGAGCCGGAAGUCAAAGCCCAGAGGACAACGUAGUAGCGGGACCAAGGAGACGAACGAAGUCCAGAGCCUGCAAGCAGAAGUACAGCGCCUAAAGACCGAACUUGCUCAGAAUCAAGAUCUACAUCAAGCGCGAAAUCUGACUCGAGGGCUCGAGGAGACGAUAAGAGCAACGCGCAUUGAAGAUCAACACUAUGAUGACAACGAGCAGACAGUCAGCUCAAUGAAACUACCUCCGCUACAACAAGCCAUGGCCAUGAUUGGAAUCUUUCUCAACACUUUCAACGCAGUCCUGCCGCUCUUUCAUACCGACACGCUCUUGUGUCUCGUUGGUGAAUGCUAUGCUUGUCAACCAGGACAACGCGACCCAGUAGUAUGGGCUGCCAUCAACGUCGUCUUUGCCUUGGCUAGCCAACAGGUUCCAGGAGGUGCUAGUAGUGCCUAUUCUCAGGACCAGACCGAUCGAACAACGCAGUAUCUCGACAAAGCACGAUCCGUGAUCUCGACUGUGAUGCUGGGUGAGACACGCCUCCUUAACAUACAGGUAUUGGUAGGCAUGGUGAUGGUGCUCCAAACCGCACACAACCUGACCCCAUCUUUGAUCCUAAUAUCCGCAACUAUGCGUCUCGUACAUAAGUUAGGCCUACACAACCAGGCAGGAUCAACACAUCUGGAUCCUGUGCAAAGGAGACAACAUGUUCGCGUCUUCUGGCUGGCAUACAUUAUCGACAAAGACUUAAGCCUUCGUACCCAACAACCUUCGGUUCAACUCGAUGACGACAUUGACGUGGAGUUACCGUCUUCCUUGCCGACGACGAAUGACGAUAAUGACAACACGGCUGGCAUAGUCAUCACGGCUGACGGAAAUACUAGGCUGAAUUAUUUUCUAGCUCGCAUCAAGCUGGCCAAUAUUGAAGGUCGUGUAUAUGACACUCUCUACUCAACACGAGCAGUGAAUCGAAGCCUGGAAGAACGACGCCAUGCAAAGGACAGCAUCGUUAGCGCACUCGAUGAAUGGCGAGCUUCCAUCCCACCCGAAUUUAGCGCCAAUAUGGUCACCUCGAGCACUAGAAAUAAACCGGUACAUAGCGGGUUUUUCUGCGUACUACACGCAACCAGUCUCCAGUGCAUGGCGCUUGUUAGCAGGGCUCACGCUUGGGAUGGACAAUGGGUGAGUGGUCUUCGCAGCCAUAGCAGAGGCGUUCAGAUACUGCAGCUACCACCAGCUUGGGAGACAAUAGUACAUCAGGCGCGAAACUACAUGCUCUUAUUUCGAGAGAUUUCGUCGAGAGACGCCUGGUUUCGCUGGAUGACUUCAUGUCCUUACACGACCGCUAUGGUUCUAUUGACGGCCAACACUUUGUACAAUUCGUGGCAUGAUAAGAUUCAACUAGAUAUCGAGCUGAUCGAUUCAGCCCUUCUUUGGCUCAAUGAUGCUAUGAAGGAAAAUCAAUCGAAGGAGGCCCAAGCGCUUCGGGAAACUUGUGUUGAGGCCGUCCAAACGGUGAAGCAGAAGCUUGCCGAAGGCAUCACGACGUCCUCUAGCAAUCGUUGGUUACUGAAUUAUCCAGAUAAUUUAGAGCCUUUCUAA